CAAUCGGUGUAUAAUAGUGAAAUGGUUCAGGAAAGAUUUGAUAAAAGAUUGUGGGUUUGUGUUUCAGAUGUUUUUGAAGUGAAAGUGAUUGCAGAAAAAAUCGUCGAAUCUGCAGGAGGGGAGAAGGCUAAUUACCUUCAACUAGAUGCUGUGCAAAACCAGCUUCGAGAAAUGCUUGAUGGGAAGAAAUACCUACUGGUGCUCGAUGAUGUGUGGAACGAAGAUGCCUUGAAAUGGUCGAGAUUGAAAAAUAUGUUGAUCGGUGGAGCCAAGGGAAGUAAGAUUUUAGUAACUACUCGUUCAGUUGUAGUUGCGGAAGUUUCAGGUAGCGUUCGCCAACAUAAAUUAGGGGACCUCUCAAAAGAAGAGGCAUGGGCAUUGUUUGAAAAAAUGGCGUUUGAAUGUGCCAAAGAGAGUGAAAAUUCGAGUUUGGUGGAAAUAGGAAAGGAAAUUUUGAAAAAGUGUGGAGGAGUUCCUCUUGCAAUAAGGUCAAUAGGAAGCCUACUACGCCUAAAAAGAACGGAGGAUGAGUGGAUAUAUUUCAAGAAUCAAGAUUUGUCAAGUAUCACACGAGGAGGCGACAGUGUCAUGGCCAUUUUGAGAUUGAGCUAUAAUCACCUUCCUCACCAUCUAAAGAUAUGCUUCGCAUAUUGUUCCCUCUUUCCAAAGGAUUUCCGAAUUGACAGAGUUGAUUUGAUUGAUAUGUGGAUCGCUCAAGGCUUUAUUCAAUCAACUACUAGCAACAGAGACAAUGUGGAGGACGUUGCAAAUUCAUAUUUUGUGGAUUUGUUAAGAAGGUCAUUCUUUCAAGAAACUGAAGAAAAAUCAUUUCCGCAAUUUUACAAAAUGCACGAUCUUAUUCAUGAUCUUGCGAAAGAAGUUGCGGAUAGGGAGUUCUUCUGUAUCACUAAAACAGAAGAUACAGAGAUUGUCCCAGAACAAGCGCUCCAUGCUUCUUGUUUAUUCCAGAUUAAUGGUUCAUUGGCAUUUCCCGAACCCUUCUAUGCGAAGCAUAUGAAGUUGCGGACAUUUAUUUACCUAAAUGGGUCUCCAUACAGUGUUAUGAGCAAUUCAACGUUAGAGAGAAUGCUUGCAAGUUUUGAAUGUUUACGCGUUCUGCAUCUAUGUCACCUGCAGAUAAAAAUUUUGCCUCAAUCUUUAGGUGCACUGAAGCAUCUAAGAUAUCUUGCUAUUUCCUCUAGAAGCAUUGUUACUUUACCAAAUUCCAUCACGAAGCUGCAUAAUCUACAAGUUUUAAAGUUGGUUAAUUGCAUUAAACUCAAAAAAUUGCCAAGAGAUAUAUGGAGAUUGGUGAGUCUUCGAAGUUUGAUAUGUUCGUGGUGCCAAUCAUUAACCCAUAUUCCACCAGGACUUUGGCAGUUGGCAAGUGUCACGCAUCUGGAUUUUGAUGGUUGCGGUUCAUUGGAAGAUAUGCCACCUGGAAUUGGCCAAUUGACAUCUCUACGGACAUUGACAAGUUUUGUUGUAGGCAAAGAAAGUUGUAUAUCUGGUUUGGCAAGUGACAAGUUGGAUGAAUUAAAGAGCCUUGCUGAUCUCAGAAAUAGAUUACACAUUAAGUUCAUGGGACGAGCCUGUGCAAUUGGAGAAAGAAUACCUACCGAUGUAGUGAAAAGAAUAAAACAUCUUCAGAAGCUGUUCGUAGAGUUCGAAUUUGGAAAUCAAGAGGAUGAUACUGGAGCUGAUCUGAUAAUGUUGGAGGCCCUGCAGCCGCACCAAAACAUUGAAAGCUUGCAAAUAGAAAAUUAUAGUGGAUCAAGGUUCCCAAGUUGGUUGAUGGUUGAUAAUCUUGGCCUUUUGUUACCCAAGCUUGUUUAUCUAAAUAUCAGAGAUUGUCAUAAAUGCCAAAAGCUCCCACCAUUAUGGCGACUGCCUUCUCUCGAAGAUCUUGUACUCCAAUGGAAUCUUGGCGUCGUGGAGAGCAUAGAAGGUGAUGAUGAUAAAUUCAUGCUACCAUCAAAUUCUCCUACAUAUGAGUGCUACUUCCCUUCCCUAAAACAACUUUAUUUGGGGAUAAUAAGCGAGAAGAUAUUGAAGCAAAUUCUUUGCCCACCUCCUCAUCCUUCUCCUCUUCUCAAUGUAAAUAGCUUGAGUCUAUUUUCUAUCUAUGCCAGAGGAUUCGUUCAAGUGUCUCACUUCGCUCCAAUCCUUGUUUAUUAGUAACUGCAGAAAUCUGGUCUCUCUAUCCAGAUGUCUAACUCAUCUCACUUCCCUUGAGUUUUUAUGCAUAGAGAAUUGCCCUCUGCUUGAUUUGUCGAACGAAGAGGCAAUGCAAUUUGAUGUCCCAGGGAAUUUAUCUUUCAGUGUUAACAUGCUUGACAAGCUAAUGUCGCUUCCAGUUUGGCUCCAACAUUUCUCGGGUACUUUGAAGUCUAUAGUGAUUCGGGAUGUCCUAACUUCACAACAAUACCUGAAUGGAUAGGCGACCUCAUUGCCCUUAAUCGAUUGGAAAUUGAUGUUUCACCUAUGUUGACAUCCUUUCCAGAAGGCAUGCGAUCUCUCGCAGCGUUGCAAGUGCUAAUUGUUACAAGAUGUUCAUCAAGUCUGAAGCAAAGAUGCGAGAAGGAAGUAGGAGAGGACUGGCCUAAGAUUGCUCACAUCCUAAGAGUUGACAUAAAAGAAGAGGCUUGGUAACCGGCUGCAAGUUGAGGCUUGAAGCAAUGUAUGGAUAGAAGGAUAGGUAAGCAUGAGUUUGCGCAAAAAGGCGGGUGAAGGUCAAGGUGCUGAACACCAUUUUCUCAAAAGGUUCGAACCCGAAAAAUGAAUUGGUUGGUGAAAAGUGAAAAACAUGAGUUUAAGGAAGGAAGUUGGAGUUUCCACUCUGUUCUUGAGAGAUUUUAGUCACUUAAGAAGUGGCCAAUUCUGCAGAAUUACUACUCUGGGGAUUCAAUUUCCAUGAUUCUUGAUUGUGUUAGCCCUUGAAGUAAAGUGGACAGUGGACACUGCUUUAUUACACUUUAAUUUCUUUUUCUUUUCUUUUUUUUUUUUGGCUGUUUUCUUCAUAUAUGUUAGUUUUUACUUCCAUGAUGAGCUGAGACUUGAGACAAUUUUCAGUUUAUUGGGUAAAAAUUUCUCUUUUGCUGUUAA